GUUUUAGCACAGGAAGUGCAUGGGUGUGUUUCCGAGGGGAGGGUCGAAAACUGCAACGACGAACUUCCCUGAAGACACCGACGGCUUUUGCACAUACGCAAGAUGGAGCUGCGGCCACUUGUCAUGUGCUUUGCUCUCUGUGUGGUUUAUGCCACCAGCAAACCCACCGAGAAAAAAGACCGUGUUCACCACGAUGAACCCCUGAGUAACCGAGAGCACGAUGAUGCAGAGAACUUCGACUAUGACCAUGAAGCAUUUCUGGGACAGGAGGAGGCCAAGACAUUCGACCAGCUCACACCAGAGGAGAGCAAGGAGAGACUCGGCAUGUUGGUUGAACGUAUAGAUGAGGAUAAGGAUGGCUAUGUGACAGUCGAGGAGAUGAAGAAGUGGAUCAAGCACGCUCAGAAGAGGUGGAUCUACGAUGAUGUGGAUAGACAGUGGAAGAGUCAUGACCUCAACGGGGAUGAGGUGGUGUCCUGGGAGGAGUACAAGAACGCCACAUAUGGAUACAUUCUUGAUGAUCCUGACCCCGAUGAUGGCUUCAGCUACAGGCAGAUGAUGGCUCGCGAUGAGAGAAGAUUCAAAAUGGCUGACCAAGACAAUGACAUGAAAGCCAACAAGGAGGAGUUCACAGCCUUCCUUCACCCCGAGGAGUAUGACCACAUGAAAGACAUUGUAGUUCUGGAAACUAUGGAAGACAUUGACAAGAAUGGAGAUGGUUUAAUUGAUCUGGAUGAGUACAUAGGUGACAUGUACAACCAGGAGGGAGACGCUACAGAACCAGAGUGGGUGAAGACAGAGAGGGAGCAGUUUACCGAGUUUAGAGAUAAAAACAAAGACGGGAAGAUGGACAAGGAGGAGACCAGAGACUGGAUCCUGCCCAAUGACUACGAUCAUGCUGAAGCGGAGGCCAAGCAUCUGGUCUACGAGUCAGAUGCAGACAAAGAUGGCCGUCUGACCAAGGCAGAAAUCGUGGACAAGUACGACCUCUUCGUGGGCAGCCAGGCGACCGACUUCGGAGAGGCUCUGACUCGACACGACGAGUUCUAACAUCCACCUGCCUCUAAAGACUUUUGUAUUCAUCUUGUGUAUACCACCUUACUCCUCCAACAGUAGACUGCCACGGACAAUAAUUUAUUUGAUUUCUUGAAUGUGUCCCAUUGUACACACACACACACACUAACAUUUUAAGUAACAUGUCCAUGCUCGGCCAGUGUUUCCUCGUUCUCAGUCGUGCAUAAGAUUGGGAUAUAUCGCCAGCCUUUUUUUCUGCUUCCACCCCCUAUCCCUGUCUUGUUCAGGUCAGGCGAAUGACAGUGUUAGAUGACACUUUUUUGUUUGUUUGAAAGUAUGUUUUAUGAUGAAAUAGCCAUGUUUUGUUACAAAACCUUUGACGGAUUAACAAGUUUAGGCUUGCAGUUCACAGAAUAGUUGGCCAUAGCAUUUCUUUUUGCAAUGCACUGGACUGUGAAGAACAAAGCUUAUUUCUAGCCAUUAGAAUUUGUCCUACUCCUCUGUCUAAUCGUGUAAUCAGACUCUCACUGAGAAUACUAGUUUCUGAUUCACUUGAACUUUGUUUUGAUGUUUUUAUUGAUCAUUCGUUACAUAGUAUAGGUGUUUGGAGCGAGGAGUAAAUUUCAGUUGACAAUGAAGACUAUUUGGACUAGUGCAAUACAGUAUCAUCAGUGGGACCACGCUGUGUUUGCUAUACUGGCCCCCAAAGCAUCCAUGUUGACACAAGCUGGUUGUGCUGUUUGUAAGUUGAAGAAAUCAAGAUGAACUUAGGGACUGAUGGAUGCUUUGUCCUCGAAGCUGCCUCUUUUCUUCUUUCUCAUCACCUCAACAGUGUGCGUGUGAGAGUAUGUGAGAGUGAGCAUGUGAAUUUAUGUGUGUACAUAGUCCUCCUGAUGACUGGCUUCCCCUGUUGUUUUGAGGCUAUGUUUUGAUUUUGUUUGAUUCAGCUGAACUAUUAACUCAUUUGUGUGCCAAGCAAAAACCUUUGUCCUUUUUUUGUAAAGGCAAAAAAAAAUAUGCUCCUUUUCCUUCCUAUAUAUGUUUAUGCUCGUAUUAUCACUACCACCAUUUAUAACCACUGUUGAUAAUUUUUAUGCUAUACUGUAAUGUAUAUGAUAAUGUUUUUUUACAGGCUCACUGCAGCAACAAGCCUUUCACUAGUGACUUUACUGUAAAUAAGUUGUUGGUCUGCAAACGGAGCACUAAAACAAGCAGGUCCAGUUUUUGCGAUUGAUGAGAAUGUCUCAGUAAAAACAAAUAAAAUUGGAGCUUUUA